GGGAGGCUCGGCGGCCGCCCCGCUGCGGGGGCGAUGCCCCCGCCCGCCUUGGCGCCUCCCCGUGCCGGCCCCGCCGCCUUCCCUUUGUGCCGCCGGGCCCGGCCCGACGCCCGCCCCGGCAGCGGCGGGACCUAGAGGCACCCGGAGCCCCGCAGCCAUGCCGACCCCGCCGCCGCACCUGGCCCCGCCGCUGCUGCUCCUCCUCUGCCUCGGCCUGGCCUCGGCCCAGCGGCACGUGGCGGUGCAGGAGGGGCCCCUGUACCGCACGGAGGGGUCCCACGUCACGCUGUGGUGCAAGGUGAGCGGCUACCAGGGCCCGGCCGAGCAGAACUUCCAGUGGUCCAUCUACCUGCCCUCGGCCCCCGAGCGCGAGGUGCAGAUCGUCAGCACGGCCGACCCCUCCUUCCCCUACGCCAUCUACACGCAGCGGGUGCACAGCCGGGAGAUCUACGUGGAGCGGGUGCAGGGGGACGCCGUCCUGCUGCACAUCAAGGAGCUGCAGGACCGGGACGCCGGCGAGUACGAGUGCCACACGCCCAACACCGACGAGAGGUACUUCGGGAGCUACAGCGCCAAGAUGAACCUCGUGGUGAUCCCCGACUCGCUGCGAGUGACCGCAGUCCCGCAGACGCUGCACAAGGUGGAGCGCGACUCCCUGGAGCUGAAGUGCGAGGUGUCCAAGAGCACGGCCCAGCACAGCCACGUCUCCAUCGCCUGGUACCGGCAGCGAGGCGGCGAGGCGCCCGUGGAGGUCAUCUCCCUCAGCCGCGAUUUCGUCCUGCGGGCCGGGGGCACCUACGCCCAGCGGCAGGCCACGGGGGACGUCCGCUUGGACAAGGUGGGCGAGACCACCUCGAAGCUCACCAUCUACAACCUCCACCCGUCAGAUCAAGGCGAGUUCUACUGCGAGGCGGCUGAGUGGAUCCAGGACCCGGACAAGUCGUGGUACGCCAUGACCCGCAAGCGUUCUCAGGGCACCAUCGUCAACGUGCAAGCCACCGAUAAGGAGUUCAGUGUCCGGCUGGAGACGGAGAAGCGGACGUACAUUGUGGGUGAACCAGUGGAGUUUCGGUGCAUCCUGGAGGCACAGAAUGUCCCUGACCGCUACUUCUCCAUCUCCUGGGCCUUCAAUAGCUCCCUCAUCGCCAGCCUGGGGCCCAACGCCGUGCCAGUGCUCAACAACGAGUUUGCCCAGCGCGAGGCCCUGGGCCAGCUCAAGGUAGCCAAAGAAAGCGACAACGUUUUUGUGCUGAAGAUCUACCGCCUCCGCCUCGAGGACAGUGGCAAGUACAACUGCCGGGUGACCGAGCGGGAGAAGACUGUGACGGGGGACUUCAUCGACAAGGAGAGCAAGCGGCCCAAGAACAUCCCCAUCACUGUCCUGCCGCUCAAGACCAGCAUCUCCUUGGAGAUUAUCAACAACGCCAGCAGUGUCUUGGAGGGGGAGAGCCUGCGCUUUGGCUGCAACGUGCGCUCAGGCGUGGGGCCCCAAAGCCGCCUCUCUGUCGCCUGGCAGCUGGUGGACAAGCAGAACCGGCGCAGCGAAAUCGUGCGUCUGGAUCGGGACGGCACCCUGCAGCCCGGCCCGUCGUACGCCGAGCGCAGCAGCUACGGGGGCAUCCAGAUGGAGCAGGUCCGGCCCGGCUCCUUCACCCUGGAGAUCUUCAACAGCAUCAGGGCGGACGAGGGCCACUACGAGUGCCGGGUGGCCGAGUGGACGCGGACACUGGAUGGGGAGUGGCAGAUGGUUGGGGAGCGGCACGCUGGUACCCCAGUGUCCAUCACUCCUCUGGAGGCUGGUUUUGCUGUCACAGCUAUUUCCCGCACCCCUGGGGUGACCUACAAUGAGUCCUUCGACCUCCAGUGCAUCAUCAAGCCACACUACCCAUCCUGGGUCCCAGUGUCAGUGACGUGGCGUUUCCAGCCGGCGGGCAGCACCGAGUUUCACAACCUGGUCACCUUCACGCGUGACGGCGGGGUCCAGUGGGGUGACAGGUAUAUGGGCUUCCGGACCCGCACUGCCAUUGAGAAGGCCGAGUCCAGCAACAACGUGCGCCUGAGCAUCAGCCGGGCGAGUGACACGGAGGCCGGCAAGUACCAGUGCGUGGCCGAGCUCUGGAGGAAGAACUACAACAGCAGUUGGACGCGGCUGGCAGACAGGACAUCCAACCUGCUGGAGAUCAGGGUCCUGCGGCCGGUGACCAAGCUGCAGGUGAGCAAGUCGAAGCGGAGCAUCACCCUGGUGGAGAACCGCCCCAUCCCGCUCAACUGCUCUGUGAAAUCCCAGACCAGCCCCGACUCGCACUUCGCCGUGCUGUGGUACGUCCACAAGCCCUCCGACGCGGACGGCAAGCUCAUCCUGAAGACCACCCACAGCUCGGCCUUCGAGUACGGCACCUACGCGGAGGAGGAGGGGCUGCGGGGCCGGCUGCAGUUCGAGCGCUCGGCGUCGGGAGGGCUCUUCAGCCUGACGGUCCAGCGGGCUGAGGUCCGCGACAGCGGCAGCUACUACUGCCACGUGGAGGAGUGGCUGCUCAGCCCCAACCACGCCUGGUACAAGCUGGCAGAGGAGGUGUCGGGGCGGACCGAGGUCACCGUCAAGCAGCCAGAUAACCGCCUGCAGGUGAACCAGACCCACAGGAACAUCACGGUGCUGGAGAACCAGUGGGUGACCCUGGAGUGCCAGGUGAGCAGCCGGACCAGCCCCUCGUCGCAGCUCUCGGUGGAGUGGUACGUCUGGCGGCCAGGACACCCGGAGAAGGAGGCCGUGGCGCGGCUGAGCCGGCAAAGCACGCUGCGCUACGGGGACCCGGCGGCGCUGGGGGACCUGCGGGGCCGCAUCCACAUGGAGAGCCCGUCCCUGGGCCUCUACCUGCUCUCCAUCCAGAACGCCACCGUGCGGGACAGCGGGGUAUACGACUGCCGCGUGGAGGAGUGGCUCCUCGACCCCAGCGACCGCUGGUACAAGCGGGCAGAGGACCUCUCCGGGCUCACCACCCUCACCGUGAAGCAGCCAGACCCCACCUUGCAGGUGGACACGGCCACUGCCAACCUCACGGUGCAGGAGAAGGAGUCCUUCCCGCUGGACUGCAGCAUCCUGUCCCGCUCCAGCCCGGAGUCCCACUUCGCGGUGACGUGGUACAACCUGCGGGCCAAAGAGGCGGGUGGCCGCGCGGAGGAAGAAGAGGAAGAGGAGAGGGAAGCGGUGCUGAGCGUGGGCCCCGACGCCGUCUUCAGCCCCGAGACGGGUCGCUGGGAGGGCCGCCUGCGCUUCCAGCGGCUGUCGGCGGUGCUCUUCCGCCUGACGGUGCUGCAGGCUGGCGGUGCCGACAGCGGCAACUACUCGUGCCGCGUGGAGGAGUGGCUGGCGGACCCCAACGGCGUGUGGUACCGGCUGGCGGAGGAGGAGUCGGGCAUGGUGGCCGUUCACGUGCAGGAUGCAGGCUCCACCCUGCAGUCUGUCAUCUGCUCCAAUGACGCCCUCUUCUACUUCGUGUUCUUCUACCCCUUCCCCAUCUUCGGCAUCUUGAUCAUCACCAUCCUCCUGGUGCGGUUCAAGAGCCGAAACUCCAGCAAGAACUCGGAGGGCAAGAACGGGGUCCCCUUGCUGUGGAUCAAAGAGCCGCACCUCAACUACUCGCCCACUUGCCUAGAGCCACCAGUCCUCAGCAUCCACCCGGGAACCAUAGACUAAAGAGGCAGAGAGGAGCCCAGGAGGACGCGCAGAGAGAAAGAAGCAGAGACACACCAGGAACCCUAAGGAACAGAGUGGUUUUCGUUGUUCUUGUUUCAUUUGUUUCAGUGUCUGUGCUCCAACGCGGCGGCUGAGCUCUGCAGAGCGCCCAGCCGGUGGGGACAGGAAGGUCCGAGGUUUCUUCCAGCACCUGUGGGAAUGCAUCCAGCCACCAAGACAGCACCGAGCCUGUGCAUUUGCUGUACAUAGCGGAUAUUCCUCUCAUUAAUUUUGAUCCCAUCCGUUGUUGUCCUUUGGGCCGUUACUUUUUCGUUGUCGUUUCUUUUUCGUCUCCCAAAGAACUGUAGGCUUCCCCCUCUCUCCAUACAGCGAGGAGUUCCCAGGGGGCUUGUGGUCCUGGGACGAUCUCUGGAGGUAAAUGUGUACGUGUACCAAAACAGACUUUUUUUUUCCUCCUGAGAUUCUGUGCCAUGGUGAAGAAGGUCUUUUCCCAAGGUGCACUGAGCUAGCUGCUCCCUCUUCCAAAGCAGGCAAAGCUAGGACCACCUCUGAGGGUUUAGGUGGGGUAUUGGGAGGUCCAUCUCAAAAACUGGCUGUAGCCUCAGGAUCUUCUUGCCUCUGUCUUACUGUUCUCGCAGGAGGAGGCAAUUCACCUUUUGGGAGCGUUCCCCAGUCUUGGAGAAACUGAAUGUUCAACGCGCUUGCAAUCAGGACAAAAGCAAUUUAGCUCGUCUCCAGGAACUGAGUGGGGGAACAGAAGGAAGGUACCUGAAAGCCCUGACUUUGUUUUAAUCAAAGAAGGUCCUCAUGCGGUCCAGCAUGCCAGAGAGAUGCUGCCACCGAUGAGGCAGCUCCUCUCCGUGCCCCACUUGCCUGGGGACGGGUGGCUGGAUCCAGUCUCUGAAGGCUUCAACUUGACCAAAGUAAUGACUCUAGAAAGGGGGAAAGAGAAAGCUCCGUGGGUUGGAUUCACGGUCCCUGGAUGGUUCAGCCGAGGAGCCCAGUCACAGCCACGCCAUGCAGCAGGGACAUGCCCUUAACCACCUCGUGUCACCAGGGUUCCCAGCAACUCACGCUGCUUCCCAGCACGAGCUUGGACAGGGCAAGGAGCCUGCAUCGCACCUGCACCCUGGGGGCUUCCACAUCUCUUUGGGUUGAGAGAAAUCUUCCCAUACAUGUGUGUGCGUGUGCCGUUUUCCAUCUCUGGGGCUUUAGGAGGAGAAACCAUUUCACCAUAAGCCCUCUCUCCUGGCAAAGUCACCUGCUCUUGUUGUACGCAACUGCCGUGACAGGAAAUGCUGUUCUUUCUGUGAAAGAUAUGGCUCUCACGAAGCAAACCAGGGCUCUCUCCAUGUGGGGCACCUACGCUCGAGUACCCCGUACUGCCAAGUACCCCUGCUGUGUCCUGUGGAGGAAACCGCCUCCUCCCCAAUACACGCUAAGCAUUUUGUCUGGCGGAAGAAAAUGUUUGCCAAAAACGGCCUUUUGUUGUCUUCCUUGAUGUCUUCCUGGCAAAUCUGGCCAUUUGUUUUUUGCAGCAUGGCUGAAGCCAACGGGGGCGGACGGGUGCAGCCGCAAGACACCCCCCCGCCUCACGUAAGAGAGGUGCCAUACCUACAGCUGCCGACCCCUUUGGGAGGGUUGGACCCCUCUUUGUGAAGAGAAGGGGACCUCAGCAGAUGCUCUCUAGCACUAGAAGGUUAAACCCUGAUGCCUUGACGUUUCAGAGGUGGUGAAGCCUCAGGUGGGAGAUCUGCAUGGCACAUCCUCUCUCCUGGCUAGAAGAGGAGCUUGCAUCUAACCUGCGUGGAUGCAGAUGGUCCCACUCCAGUGGCAGGAGAGUCCGCUGCCACCUCUACUCCUCCACCAGAAUGUCACUCAUUUCUUCUGCUGAGAAGCCCAAAUUGCACUCAUCCCUCUGCAAAGUCUCCCUCCUUGAGACGUAAUUGCUUACUGGCCCCAGCAUACGCAUAAUAUCACACUCCUAUAUAUAUAUGUAUCUCACACACCCACACACUUGUCUUCCCUUUCUGGAUAAGGAGUCUGCAAAGAGAGGAGUGGGAUGAAAAGUGAAUGGAACUGAAGAACCAAGACAUGAACAACAGCAGCUGCAGCCAGUGGGUACUGUUUCAUAAAUGUAGUAUCUCUUGUACAUACUGCUUCAGGGCAGGAACUGCAAUUCUUUUCGGUUUAAAGGAAAAAGAGAAAGUCAGCAGGAACUGUUCUUCCUUGGAGAGCAUGUGCUGCAUCUGAACCAUGCCUGCCCCAGCAACGCUGCCCCGGACCAGGGCUCUUGUGGAGGGCUUUCCCACAGCCGCCUCCCCCUGGCCCAAACUGGUCCCUGCCCAGCCGGCAGUUCUUGCACCAAGCCCAGGCUUUCCCAGGAAGCGGCUCCUGUGAUGGUCCCGGAAUGUACCUUGCCACUGACAUUUCUCCGUUGUUCUGGCAGUCUGUUGCCCAGUCUCAAAGUUCUCUUUGUUUUUAUAAGGCAGACUCUUCCUGUAAUGAGUUUCGACAUGAAGCUUUUCAAACCACUCUCUCUGCUGUAACUUUCUGUACUGAACCUGAGAUGAAAGAGAGAUAGCCUAUCCAUGCAUGAUGUGGAAAAUUGUUUGGGAUUUUGUAAAAAAACAAAACAAAAAAAAACUUUGUACUAUGUUGCACUAAAACAUGUUUUAUACAACACACCUGAGAGCUGUAGUAAACUGUGUUGAAAUUGUGAUUC